AUGCCUGCUGCCUCGCCCAAGGCCAAUGGCCAGCGACUCGUGGUCCUGAAAUUGUCGCCAGCCCGACUCCGCGGCUUUCCCAGCGACAUCACCCCGGCCGCCGACGCCGACGCCGACGACAGCAAGGACAAAAUCAAGGUCAAGGACGCAGACGCCUCGUCGCCGCCCUCGUCGACCUCGGGCGAAGCUCUGCCGCCCGCCUCAUCCGUCGACAAUGCCUCUGACGCGCCAUCCACGCCUGCCAACGCCGAGGGAAAACGGCGGAAGAGCAUGCCGGGGUCCAGGGGCACCAAGCGCGGGCACAACCAGACCGGCGAUUUGUCGGCGAAGUCCCGGAGCAAGCCGGGGCCAAAGAAGAGACAGAAGCCAGACGACGGAUCCCUCGACCCUAGUAAACUCGGCUCGGCUGCACACAAACUCGGCCCCAAAGCGAACCAGGGAGCCAUCAAUGCCGGUCUUCGUGCCCUCGACCGCACGGGAGCGCCGUGUCGCAAGUGGGAACGCAAGGCGCUGCAUCUCAAGAGCUUCACGGGCAUUCUUUGGGAUCUGCCCAGCUGGCGGAGUCCGAAACCGCCUCCCAAAUCGCCCCAAGAGACAAACGGCGAGGCAGUCAAUGGUGUUGUUAUCAAUGGCGACAGCGACAGCAAGGCCCAUCAAGCCAGCAGUGCUGUGCCGAGCGAGAAGAGCAACCUGGGCGAGGGCGACUUUACUCCGCUUGCGGCCAGCGCCGCCCAGUCCCCGACGCCGGCCAUUUCAAUGACGGCAUGA